AUCUCCCACCACGCACUGCCAGCAAUGCCAAUCCACCCACAAUGCCUACGAAACUCUCCCCCUUUCUCUGCCCAGGGGACGCCACCAAAGCAGACGAGCUCGCCAUCGUCUACCUCCGCCGCGACCACCAAGUCCCCACCAUCCUGCGCGAGCGCGACGACGACGACGAGGGCUACUCGGAAGGAAAAGUAAUUAACACGCGCUUCGGCUCCUUUCCACACAGUACGCUCACCUCGCUCCCCUGGGGCAGCCAAGUGCGCGCCUCGAAAGUCGACACUGGAUCGCGCGGACGCCGGCCGGCAAAGCGCAAGCGCGACGAUGGCGCUGACGAGGAUGAACCAGCCCGGGCAGAGCCAACGCAGGCUGUGACGGCCGCGAGCGGGUUUGUGCAUCUUCUCCCCCCGACGCCGGAGAAUUGGACGAGCGCCCUGCCACAUAGGACGCAGGUCGUGUAUACCCCCGACUACGCAUAUAUUCUGCAUCGGAUCCGCGCGCGGCCAGGGAGCCGGAUCAUAGAGGCUGGAGCAGGGAGCGGGUCGUUCACGCAUGCCUCUGCGAGGGCUGUGUACAGUGGGUAUCCAUCCGCUGAUGCGCCGGAGAGAAAUCUAGGACGAGUGUUCAGCUACGAGUUCCAUGCUCAGCGGCACGAGAAAUUGGUGCUUGAGCUUGCGGACCAUGGGUUGGAGGGUGUGGUGGAGAUCGCACACCGUGAUGUGUGUGGGAAGGGCUUCUUGGUAGGUGAGAAUGCGGAUAAGUCGCCUGGCGCUGAUGCCAUCUUCCUCGAUCUUCCGGCGCCGUGGCUUGCGCUUCCGCAUCUCUCGCGGCGUGAGCAGCCUCUAUCCAUACCCUUGCCCGCGGGCGAGACACCACGGCCGUUUGUGUCAUCGCUGAAUCCCCACGCUCCGGUACAUAUCUGCACCUUCUCACCUUGUAUUGAGCAAGUACAGCGCACGAUAUCCUGCAUGCGACAGCUGGGGUGGGUGCAGAUCCAAAUGGUGGAAGUCCAGCAAAAGCGCGUAGAAAUCCGACGAGAGCGCGUCGGCAUCGUCCACGGCCAAGCCGUCCACGGGAUGCAAAACACCGCCGCGAGCGUAGACGAGGCUCUCGCUCGCCUCCGCGAGAUCGAGGGUCGGUUCCGAAGCUUCCACGGCUCUGAGCCCGGGGAGAAGAGUGCGGGUUCGGGGUCGUCAGGGAACGAGAACGGCAAGGCGAAGAAGGUGCAGCCUAAUUCGCGGGAGGCGAUCGUAGCGAGCUUGAUAGAGCGGAAGGCGUUCAAGGAGGGGAAUCUGAUACAUAAGACUGAGCAGGAAGUCAAGACGCAUACGAGUUACUUGGUGUUUGCGGUGUUGCCGGUGGAGUGGAGUGAGGAGGAUGAGGAGAGGGCUGCUGUGCUGUGGCCGGCGAGGGCGGCGGAGGUGAAGGGGAAGGAGAAGGUGGGGAAGAGGGGAGUUAGUAAUAGGCAGUUGAAGAGGGAUGCGAAGGCGGCUGAGAAGGCGAGGCUUGCGAGUUUGGCGGCUGGGGAUGGAGAGGGGGAGGGAGAGGGGAAGACGAAUGGACAUGCUGAGGUAGAGGGGGAGACUGUUGCUGGCGGGGACAAUGUGGCCGAAUAG